UUGCGAUGGAGACUAUGUCCCUGGAGCACCAGAUCCAGAGUGUUCAGCGGCACAUUGCCUUCUUGAAGAAGGAGCAGAUGGAGCUGCUGCGAGAUCUGCACCUGGAGAUUCUGCGCCUGCAGAAGCACUGCUCAGAACUAACUCGUGACCUGGAAACCAAAGAGUCACAGUCAGACCAGCAAGAGGAGGCGUCGCGGCAGCUGGAGGCCAAGUGCCGGGCGCUGGAGGAGCAGCUGGCGGCGCGGGAGCGAGGCAACGGCGAGCUCCGGCGGGAGCUGCGGCAGCGGGACGCGCUGGUGUGGGCGCUGCGCUCCAGCCUGCGCAGCAAGGAGCGCCGCUUCCUGGAGGAGCUGCGCCGCCGCAGCCACCGGGCCACCGUGCUGGGCACCGAGCUGCAGAAGCAGAGCGAGGCGGCCGCCUACCUGGCCUUCCAGCUGCACGCGGCCCGGCAGAAGCUGCACGGGCCGCCCCGCGCCGUCCCCGGCCCCGGCCCGGCCGCCGUCGGGGGCGCCGCAGCUUCCGGGGGGGCGGCCCCCGCGGGAGGAAGCCGGGACCGCGCUCCGCAGCCCGACGGCGGCCGGGCCAGGAAACGCGGCCCCCGCGCCCGCCGGCCGCCCCCGCCCUUGUCGCUGCUCCCCGAACCGUGCGUCCUGGGCGGCGCCAGGGACUGGGCUGCCUGGGAGCUGGGCUGCAGGCUGGACGAGGCCGAGCCCGAACCCAUGCCCGACCCCGCCCUCUUCCUCAACGCCCGCAGACCUCCGCGACCCAAGACCCGGGACAGCGCCCCCCCAACCUGCGCCAGUCCCCGCAAGCCCCCGCCCCGGGAGCCCCCCGAUGCCACCGCCCCCACCCAGCCCCGCUCCUGCAAGAGUCCGCCCGGGCGGCGGCCGGCCGCCCCCAGCCCCGAUAGCACUGUCGACCUAGAGUAGGGAGGAGGCUGGGGGCAGGGGUACAGCGAGAUGGGACGGGACCCCUUCCACCCCGGGGCGGACCGGGUGGGACGUCACCCCCUAGGCCGAAAGCUAGAGCCCUGGCACAGGACUGACCCGGGAGGGGAGACACACCGGAAGCGCCUCGGGCGCCCUGCUUGGGCCCGGAGAAGUCAGAGAGGGUCUGAGCCAAGUAGAGGCUGGAAAUGGGGGGGCCUGUAACUGAGUAGGGACGGGGGGAGCUGAUGGAGGGACCUGCUUUCCUCCACCCCACUCAUCCUUUAUAUUAACAGUCUUCUCUGAAACUUGGCCAUUUAACUCCCUCCGCUCACAACGAUGCCCCUUUGCCCUUUGGGAAGGAAACAACCAGGUCCCUCCUUAAAAGGAGGGGAGGGGGACGAUGGGGAGAAUAAUUGCACAUUUUUGUAAAAAGGAAAUUAUUUAUCUAUAUUAUCUCAUCUAUCCCCCUUCCCAGUGAGAGGGUCGGAGGGAGAAGGUCGCAGGGAGUAAAUUGACAAUCUCGGCAGGGAGGAGAAAGACGGGGGAAGUUGCGGACAAAUGGUCUUCUGGGCCUUUAGAGCCAGGGAAAAGGCUGCUGUCCAGAGAAAGGAGGACAAAUCUUGCCGUCUCUAUUGUCCCUAAGACCUUGGAGCUGCCCUCUCCUAUCCCUUCUCCGCCCUGCAUGGCUCCCGCACCCCUUUUGCAGGGCAGACCUCUCCAUAGCCAGUCCAGCUAUUUUGCAGAAGGGGCGGGGCCGAGGCUUCCCCUGAGAACGUGAGUAUAUCCCCUUUUGCAUCAGCUUUGCAAGCAAGCACGGAACACUUUACCCCCACCCCCACCCCCUUUUGGCACCCCCCCACCCCACCCCAAGCCUAACAUCCCUCAGGGGACCCAAGGAGAAGAAUCCACCUAGUUGGCGUCUUUGCUACUUGUUUCUGAGCUUGUUACUCCCAAAGGAUGAGUGGGUGAGGUGGAGCUGAGGGGAGGGGAGGGCCCCCUUUCCUGCAGUUUCAGCUUUUGCUGCCCUGGGCCCCCCUGGGGCCAGGUGGGGAAGUUCCCUUCUCAGAUUGCUGUAGGAGGAGCUGGGAAUGGGAACCGGGCAGGUUACCUUGGGAGCUUUUCUGGGGCCUUGUUCCUUGGUACUCGCUUCAGCUGCAUCCCAAUUAGUUGGCUUUGACCGAAGGGAGGGGUGGCUGCCGGGAACCGAGUCAUUAAUGUAGGUGUGGGGCUGGGGGAGGGAGGGGGUCCUCAAAGUUGUCUUACAACACUCCUGCCCCACUGCUCCCAACUUUAAAUAUCCAGGAGACACCUUCCCCGUGGGGAUGCUAGAUCUCUUGAUGUCCAUUUUGCUUAUGUUAGGAAUUGGGAAUUAGGAGGAAGUAAAGGAUGGAGAGAGAGACACUCCCCGAUGCGUACAGCCUCAGCUUCCAACCCAGCCUCUGCAGGGCCUGCUAGGUUCCCCUACUCCUGGAACUAGGAGAAAGUAAAAUUCAGGAAAAGGGGGGGCUGGAGGCCAAUCCUAGGGCAGUGGGGAGAGAAAUACACAGGGUGCCUCCUCCCUGGGCGCUGGGUGACUGGAUGGGAGUGGAAUGGACAUGAAUGUACACAGGGCAAACUUAGCCUAUGCUGCUCAACCAUGGAAUGGGUCUGGGGGCCCAUUUUUGGUUCUUUAGCUACAGGCCAUAACUGUCUGGACUUCUCCCCAGCUGUCACCCCAGAACCAAGAGGGGCAAUCAUUGGAUCUCUUACAAAUCCCUGGGAAGAUAAUAGAAUAGUAUAGGGGAAAGGCACUUUUCUCUGUUUUCCCUUGCUUUCUCUGCCUACUUUGGGUUCCUCUUUCCUGCUUCCAAACAAAGGGGAGAAUCCCUCUCUCUUGGGAAUUGGAUCAGGAAGAGCCCAGCCCCCUAGUAGAUCCUGUAUUGAGCCCUAAGUGCCUGUGAACAGUCUUCCAGGGAGCUGGAAAAGAGGAUUUGAAGGAAGUGGGAGGAAAGAGCAAGACCUUUGCCACACAUCCACAGUCCCCGGCUUUCCCAACAGGCUUUAGCCUAUUCUGUUUUCCAAAAUAAUUUUGAUUUCUCAUUCAUCUUCUUUUUGUGGGGGAGGGAACAGGAACAUGAACUCAGGAUCCUGUUCCCAUCCAUCCUAGAGAAUCCACUUGGGUGCUGGAGAAAUUGGGAGGUAGGACAGAGUCAAGGCAGGGAAUAGGAGGGGUAGAGGGGGGUCUCUGGUUCAAGAUAAGGAAGAUGGGAAAGGGGGAAAGGACACGGGUCUGAAAAAGCUCUUUGGGCUAAGGGAUGGGCAGAGACAUUCAAGUUGAGGGAGAUGUACCAGAAGGGCCCCAUAUUCACACCUAAUUUCCUCAGGAGGGAAGUUUUGAAAAAGAUUUUUUCCUUUAUCCAAAUCUGGGAGAUUGGGAAGCUUGGUCCCUGGCAAUCAGUCUCCACAAAGGUUCUCUUGGAAAGCCUGGACAGCUCCCUCUCUCCUGGGGAUAGGAAGUCCUGAGCAAGCAAAGGCCUACCCCCAGUGCACUUAUAGAAGCCCAGAGCACAUGUAGACAGUUGUCAACAGGCAGUUAUCCUGAUGUGACACGAUCCUUUGGGGAGUCUAGCUAAGAUACCCCCUUACAGACCCCGCAAAAUUACAUCCCUGCUGUGGGGCCCUUGAGAGUCCCUUUUUUUGGCACAGUAUCUGCUCCCCUUCCCCUGCUUUGAUAAUGAAACUGCUAAGGCUUGCAACUUCACAGGCUGGUUAAGCCCAGUCCUUUCCUUUCCUCCCUCUGUCUUUUCCAGGCUCUAGAAUCUGUUUUCUUUCAUCUGAGUCUUAUUUCCAUGGUCUCCAUCACAUGCUCUCUGGGGCCCAGCCUCACUCUGUUUUCUGAGUUUUGUGUCAUUUCUGUGUCCUUUAGCUGGGACCUGAGACAGGGGGAGGAAGAGAAAAUUCAGGUGUUCUUCCUUUGCCACUGACACAAGAUCUUCCAUCUCCCAGGGGAGCAUGGAGUGACUUUACUAGUUUAUUUUUCUUCUGUAGCAGUGAGGAGGGGACUUUCCUUAUCAGCUAAUAAAAGCCACUGUUCCCUCAGCCCUGUUGCACUAGCCCUUCUUCUCUUCUUCCUGAUUUGGCUCCUCAUCUCCAAGGUGCCAGACUUUCCAGAGAGCCUGCACCCACACACAAGCCACCAUCUAGCCUGGCCAGCCUCUCCUCAGAUGACCCCAUCUGGGCUUCCCAACCUGCCUCUUCCACAUGCCCUCCCCCUCCCAGCAAAUGGAGAUAAUAACACUUAAUCAUUUGCAGGGUGCUUAGAGAUCCCCAGAUGAAAGGCUGUGGCUACUGGGAAGCUGGGGGAGGAGAGUCAUUGUGCACUCAGCUGAGGCGGAAGGAAGCAGAAGAUAUGGGAAAGGAAUCAAUCUCCACACUCUGACAUACUACCGAUAUCACCAGCACUGAGUAGUGUCUGGCACAUAGUAGGCACUUAAUAAAUGCUACUUAACUGACUGACCACUCCUGGGGAAGGGAUGCCAAAUUGACAACUAUCCAGAAAUUCUACCUCCAGAGACACUCUUAAGGGGACAACUAGAAGAUUGAUCAUAGAGGGAAGAGAUCAUAGAUCAGACCUCAGAGGCCAGCUAGCCCGGCUCCCUCAUUUUACAGAGGAGGAAACUGAAUCCUGUAGAGUUUAAAUGACUUACCCAGAACCACCUGGUAGGUAGCUUCAGAGGCCCUCCGACAACAAAGCAAAUACUCUUUUCUUCUGUACGGGAACAGGGCCUUGAUAGGAUCAGUCAAAAGGAAGAUCUCGUCCCCAGCUCCCAGUCCACCAGAUUCUAACUCCAUCUUUCUUGUGUCCUUAUCCCUAAUUCUCUCCUGCAGGCCCUCCUCCCUAGCCCUACCUUCUACCCCUUGGAUGAGGAUGGGGAGAAGGUGGGAGGUGGGAAGGGCUUCCUUCACUCUGCCCUACUGAGGUUGGAAGGUCUGUUUACAGGUGCUUCCCCUUCCCCUCAGGCAUGGGCAUAGCACAAGCUAGAGUUAUAUGAGCCUGGCAAGGUGAGGAUCUGGGUAGGGCCAUCCUACUAAAGACUCCAAGGAGCGAGACCACUUCUUGGCUUGGGGCAGGGAGCUGCGGCCCCGACGCACCUGAGAGCACCUAAGCUUUUCCUCCUCUCCCUUUUUUCUCUGCUUUUGAAAUGCUGCUGACAUUUUAUUAUGAACUACAAAUUGCACUUUUCAUCUCUCUUUCCCAUCCCGUGGGGAGGACUAAUUAAUUAAAUCCUACAUUAGGCCAAGGUGUUCUCAGAUGGGAUGUGGGCAGGUGUCUCAGCGAAGCCCACUGUGCCCUCACCUCUCCCCAGUGGGAGGGAAUGCCCAUUGUAAAACCUUCCCCAUGCCACACAAUUUACUCUCCACCCAGUCAUGAUGGUGCACCCAGGUUGCCUUGAUCCCCACAGAAAGUACCUUUAGUGCUAACAUGAAGGGGAGGGGAGUCCAACUGGGUCAUGUCCCCAAGUAAUCGAGGGGAUCUGGGGAGUAGUUUGGCCCAUCUGUCCGGGAGGCAAGGACUCUCAUCUCCAGUGUCUCCCAUCCCAUCCCAUUCCAUUCUCAGACCUGGGUAGCGCCCAGGGUCUGAGAUUUUCAGGCUAGAAAUAUGAACUCUGUCCUCUUCCUUCCUCUACCUAUAGAGACUCCCCUUUCUGAUCAGGGAUCAAUAGAGACAGAAAUUCCCUCCCUCCUUGGGAAACAUACCAGGUUCAAAAGAGCCCCACCCUCAAAAGGUACAGUUCACCUAGCUUAGGGCUGGAGGGGGAGUGGAAAUAGGUCCAUAUCUCCCCUUGGGACGGCCCAUUUGGUGAAAGUAGGAAGCCAUUGGGUAACAUAGAUGGUGGGGGGCAAAGUAAGCCUGGCUUUCCCCUUGGGCAGGAGGUUGAUGGGAAGAGAGCCCAAGAACACAGGGCGGGGAGGUGCUGGGCUUUUUCAAUCCAGUGCUUUUCAAAGUAUAUUCUCUUCAGAUCACCCACCCACCCACAGAAUUAGAGCCCUGUGCUGUAAGCGUGACUGUGGUAUGCCUUAUUCUUAAUAAAAACAUGAGGAAAAACCCGA